AUGAAUCCGAUGGCUUCAGCAGGACCCCUGGACAAUUCCAGGUUAGCAGUGGCACCCCACAACGGCUAUCCUGUGACCCAGCAAGUAAUGUGUCAGGUGGCCCUGUCUCCAAGCAACCAGCCCCAAGUACACCUACUUCCUGUGAACCCACCAGGUUUGAAGCUACCUGGGAGUGAGCAGCCUGUCCAGAGAGCCUUCAAGGAGGCCAAAACCUUAGGAGCUGCCCAGAUCCUUAUUGGCCUGAUACACAUCGGCCUUGGCUCCGUCAUGGUCACCGUCGUCUCUGGGGGCUACACAGCUAUCUCACUCUUUGGAGGCUUUCCCUUCUGGGGAGGCAUCUGGUUCAUUGUUUCAGGAUCCCUCUCGGUGUCAGCAGAAAAUCAGCCACAAUCUUCUUGCCUGCUGAAUGGCAGCUUGGGCUUGAACAUCAUCAGUGCAAUCUGUUCUGUGGUUGGAAUCGUAUUCUUCAUCACAGAUCUGAGUCUCAUCCCAUCCGAUAACUACUCUGUCUCUUAUCCCCACAAUUACACCUGGGGUGUGAGCCCCGGCGUGGCUAUUUCCAGUGUGCUGCUCAUCUUCUGCCUCCUGGAGUUCUGUAUAACCUGUGUUUCUUCCCACUUUGGCUGCCAACUGGUCUGCUCUCAACACAACUACGUGGGCGUGGUCCUCCCGAAUGUCUAUGUGGCAAACCCAGGGGUCAUCCCAGAACCAGUGAACUUGCCACUGACUUCUUCCAACCAGUUCCAGGGCUCCAGAUAA